AAACUGAUUGUGAGGUACUUAUAGCGCUCUGUGUAAUAUUCACACUUGAAAAUCUGGUGGAAAAUUUGUCUGCUUAUUCUACAUCAGGGGAUAUAAAAGGUUGUAGGGUGUAGGCAAUUGGGUCAGUUGAAAGUGAGAGUGCUCCGAGUUAGACUGGUAAAGAAAAUGAAAGUGAUAAUUUUUGUGCUUUUGGCAAUUUCUGCCGUUAGAGGAGUAUGGUACGAUAAUGGUAAUUUUUACCAAAUCUACCCAAGAUCUUUUAUGGAUUCUAACAAUGAUGGAGUUGGGGAUCUCAAAGGAAUUGCACAAAAGCUCCAGUACGUUAAGGAUUUAGGAAUGACUGGUACAUGGUUGUCGCCAAUUUUCAAAUCGCCUAUGGCUGAUUUUGGCUACGACAUCUCUGACUACACCAUGGUUCAACCAGAGUAUGGAUCCAUGGAAGACUUUGAGGCACUUAUUGAUAAAGCCAAUGAAAUCGACAUUAAGAUCAUUCUGGACUUCGUGCCAAAUCACACGAGUGAUCAGCAUGACUGGUUUCUGCGUUCUGUAAAAAGGGAACCUGGUUACGAGCACUACUACGUCUGGCAUCCUGGCAAGGUCGUCGAUGGGAAACGUGUUCCACCAAACAAUUGGGUAUCUGUAUUCAGAGGAAGUGCCUGGGAAUGGAAUGAGGACAGGCAGGAGUACUACCUGCAUGCUUUUCUGAAGGAACAACCUGAUCUCAACUACAGGUACCAAGGUGUUGUUGAUGAAAUGAAGAACGUCCUGCGGUACUGGAUGCGAAAAGGUGUUGCAGGAUUUCGAAUUGACGCUGUGCCCUAUCUCUUCGAAAUAGCCCCAGAUUCUGAAGGCAACUACCCCGAUGAACCACUAACCGGUAGUGCCUGUCCCAAUCCCGAAGAUGACUGCUACACCCAACACAUCUAUACGCAGAAUCAACCUGAAACCUGGGACAUGGUGUACCAAUGGCGAGCUGUUCUAGAUGACUAUGUCAAACAGACAAAUUCAUUUGCAAGAAUCAUGAUGAUUGAAGCCUAUACCCCAUUACCUAACAUCAAGUACAUCUUUACUGAUGGACACGGAAAAGAAGGGGCUCAGAUACCCUUUAACUUCGAACUGAUUAGCAAUGUUAACGGAAAGUCAUCGGCUAAGGACUUCAAGGAGCAUAUUGAUGCAUGGAUCGAUCGACUACCUGAAGGUUACCAGAAUAACUGGGUCAUGGGAAAUCAUGACAACAAAAGGAUAGCAUCUAGAUUUGGUAUUGAAAGAGCAGAUCUAAUCAAUAUCCUCCUACAAACACUGCCAGGCUUCGCAAUCACUUACAAUGGUGAAGAACUAGCUCUCCUGGAUGUCUACAUCAGCUGGGAGAACACAAUUGAUCCUGCUGGUUGUCGUACGAAUUCUACAAUUUACCAGCAGUAUUCUCGUGAUCCAGUGAGGACACCGUUUCCCUGGAACGAUCAGAAAAAUGCAGGAUUCUCCAAUGCAGAUAAAACAUGGCUCCCUGUAUCCCCUGACUACAAGGAAGUUAAUGUUGAGCUGCAGGAAAAGUACACCUACAGUCACCUGAAAACUUUCCGAAAGCUCACGCAAAUGCGCAAAAAUGAGAAAGCUCUGCAAGAGGGGCAUUUGAAGAUGAAACUCAUUGGAAAUGAUAUUUUAGCGUAUGAAAGAAGAAUCGAUGGUACAAAACCAUCUGAGAAUUUUGUUAUUAUUCUGAACUUUAGCGGCAACACGCACAAAGUCAACAUUCAUCAACUCUUCCCACAAAUGUCUCAAAUUUACAAAAUUGAAGCUCAAUCUCUGCAUAUUACGAGUCACAAAGAGGGGGAUCAAAUUGAUGGACGAAACUUCGAAGUAAAACCCAAUGAUGCUUACGUACUUCGUGGUGAAGCUUCUAAACUUUAUUCGUAUUUGAUUUUCUUCUUCACAUUCCUUUCUGCCUUUUUCAACAUCUUCGUGCGCUCUUAAGAGCUUGAGAGAUACAUCUCUCUACAUUUUUUGUUUUUAAAUUCUUUUCCUGUAAAAUAUUAUGAUUAAAAUUCGUGUCAUCCAUUCCCUUCUCCAAGUA